AUGGGUUUCUCUGCAGGAACUCCUCCAGUACUGAACCUCAUAAUCUUAAUCCUAGUAUCAACGAUUUUGCAGGAGGCAGUGGCAAAACCUCUCGGGGCGGCCCAUGUCGAGUUAUCCCAUUCAGGGAAUCAGACACAACUAUUCAUGAACCGGACUACCCCAAUGAUUCCGCCUGCUGUUCAUCUCGAUGAGAAAAAACUGCAGAAUAAGUCUCGAAUAGAUGGCUUUCAAGAGAAAAGCCAAACUAUUAGUCGUAACGUUAACGAUUCCAUCACCCUGAAACCCGAUAAACGGACUGGAGGUUUCCAAGGGCCUAUCAACAUUCCAACGGGAUACUAUCUCGCUGAUAUGAUAGUGGACUGUGCGAGCCCCCAGGAGGUAUUGGAAAGGACGCCCGAGGAUUUUCGACGACUUGAUGCUGGGACUCGAUAUCUUCAACAAGGAUAUUUCUCGAGUUAUCCAAGAUGGCGCUUUCCCUCAAUCCAGCGGGCAAUAGAAUAUUUCUGGGAGCGGGCAGGAGAGUGCCAGGAGUGCAGCUGUGCCGCUGGAGAUGGGGCUCCAGACGCUCUAGAGGACGAAGACGCCGCAGUAUACGCAUUGAGGCCCGGAACCCUGGAAUCAAAAUGUCCUGAUUAUGGCGUUGCAGCUAGGUGCAUGCUUAUAUUUGGUUGCUGGUGUAAAGAAUUUUUAUUCUAUAAAGAUGACCCAGUUAAAGGUCAAAAAACAGGCAGGCUGCAUUUUGGCUAUACAAAAGGUAGAUACCUAAGAGGUCCAGCAGGUUCUCGACUAUCAGCGCUUGGAAAAGAGACGUACGGAGCCGGGGCAAUUUUCCCAAUGUCUUAUACCGAACCGCGCGAGGAAGGGGAAAUCUUCGAAGAUUUGCCAGGUGGACAGUCUGAAAAAUACUUUGUCCCUGGCACCAAAGAGCCAUACUACCUUGAAGGCCCAGAAAGCGACGCGGACAAGCUGGAUGCGUUUGGGCGCCCGUCGCUUAACUGGCUACAGAAUUUGCAGUUUCGGUCAAGCCAGUUUUCAAAGAGGAAAAGGGCCAUUGAGACGGAUGGUAGGGCUACUAUUGGCAAUUCAUCCCAAAUUCGAUAG